AUGAAUGUGGGUCAGAGCCUGCAGUUUAUAAAGGCGGUGGUGGAUAAUAACAGGGCGGUCAGUGCCCCACAUUCCUCCACUGGACCCGACUGGACUGAUAUGCCACUGGAGACCACUGAGCCCAUGGUGCUGUAUAGAACAGUGAGCAGGGCCUACAUGUGUGGGGUGUGUGUGUGGACCGUGCUGCUGCUGGGGAUAGGAUGGGUGCAGGGACAAGCCCAAGGCCAAACCAACUUCACAAGGCCCACGUUCCUAUGUGGAGGGCACAUAGUGACUGACUCAGGCUUCGUGGGCAGCGAGGGGUUCCCUAACUUCUACAAGCCCAACACUAAGUGCACCUGGUACAUCACCGUGCCAGAAGGUCACGUGGUAAUGCUCCAAUUCCGCAUCUUUGACCUGGAAGCCGACCCCACCUGUCGUUACGACUACGUGGAUGCGUACAACGGUCACUCGUACACGACGCAGAAGCUGGGACGUUUCUGCGGGACGUUUCGGCCCGGCGCCAUCAUCUCCACCUCUAACCUCAUGAUGCUGGAGAUGGUGACAGAUGGCGGCACCGGUGGCCGAGGCUUCCUGGCCUACUUCAGCGGAGGAAAGCCACACGUGGACGAGAACCAGUUCUGUGGGGGCCGGCUCACCAAGCCCACAGGGUCAGUGAAGACGCCAAACUGGCCCGAAUCCGAUUACCCAGCAGGCAUCAGCUGCUCGUGGCACAUCACCGUGGAAACCAACAUGGUGAUUGAAGUGAGAUUUGAAAAGCUGGAUUUGGAGCAUGACAUGUACUGUCGCUAUGACUACGUGGCGCUUUUCAAUGGUGGGGAGACGGAUGACUCGCGGCGAAUAGGGAGGUUCUGUGGGGAUGCAGUGCCAGAGACUGUGGUGACCAAUGCCAAUGAGCUCCUGGUUCAGUUUGUGUCUGACCUGAGUGUCACCAAAGCCGGCUUCAUGGCCCACUACAACAGCAUCCCCAAGGGCUCCCGGCCGGCCACCAGGGACAUCGACUACGCCCCAGGCCCCCGUGUAGAGUCAGGAGCGGUCAGGCCCAGCCGUCCGCCGAAGCCGGCCCGGCCCACUCCCAAACCCGCCCUGAGACCCAAACCCACUCCGGCGAGACCGGUGCGGCCUCAGCCCAGACCCGUGCCGCGUCGGCCCACGCCCAAGCCCAGAACCAGACCGACUCCGAAGCCUAAACCGACUCCGAAGCCUAACGACCCGCCGACGGCUAAACCAAGAGUGAGACCCACACCCAAGCCAAAGCCGGCACCAAAACCCAAAGCGACACCGAAACCAAAACCAGCCGCCAAGCCCAAGCCAACGCCCAAGCCCAAAACAAAACCCACGGCAAAACCGGGCACAAGGCCGGGAUCUAAACCAGGGGUCAAGCCCACUCCCAAACCAGGGACCAGACCCGUCAAGCCCACCAAAAAGCCUGGAACUAAGCUUGUUGUAAAGCCUCCCAAGCCUACACCCAAGCCCAAAGUGAAGCCCACACGAAAACCAGCUUCCAAACCUGGCACCAAACCGGCAAGCAAGCCUGGCCAGAACAGCACCAGGACAGCAGCGAAGCCACCCAAGAAACCCGCAGCAGUGAACCCCUUGUGCACACAGGCUUGUAAGAGGACAGGCACCAUGCAGUCCAAUUUCUGCCCCAGUCACUUUGUGCUGACGGGUAAAGUGACCACAGUGACCCCGGGCCAGGACGGUGUUCAGGUGGGCAUGUCCAUCAUUAAGAUCUACAAGGCAGGAGCGCUGAAGGUCACCAAGAGGGGCCCUGUUAUGUCCGUCACUCUCACUACCACCUGCAAGAAGUGCCCAACCAUCAAGAAAGGAGGGAACUACGUGCUGAUGGGUGAGGUUGAUGCAGAAGGUCGGGGAAUUAUCCAACCCAGCAGCUUUGUUCUCUUGUACAAGAGCGUGCACGCCAAGGCUCUUGCCACCUACGCCAAGGCACAGUGCUGAUUACAGGGUGCCAGGCAAGCGACACCGCUUGGUCGACGCUUGGGAAUCAGCGCCAAGCUGAACCUGAGGAAGAUAUGCUGCCCACUUGAAGAGAUCAAGGCAAGCAUUUGAACCAGAUGAGAUGAAUUUUGGGGGUAGGGGAAUCAACAUGUGUGAAGAGGUGAUCAUAUUUGUCACUAUAUAAUUUAGACAUCCAAAGUAUAUACUCUCGGUAUACCCUGUCAGUGCACCUAAAGUAUGUACUGAAAUUGAGCAGAUAUCACGCUGGUAAAAUAUAAUGUGAUUAACAUCUAUUUCAGCACUCGGCUGAGUGCAUGUCACCAAAAGUAUUAAUUGUUUUUGUAUUUUUAUAUACAUGAGAUACUGUAACUGUUGAGUUACUUGGACUUUUAUAAAUUAUGAUGGGGAUAAAA